AGAAUGCACAGAGAAGUUUAGGUCUGACUUUUCCUGGCUCAAAUGACAUUGAUGGUCACUUGCUUGGCCUGAGAGCAGAGAGACUUUUUGCCUCUUCCUAGGAUCUAUGGGUGCGGUGCAUUUCCUGUCGGGAAUAGCCAAUAAAAUUAUUUGCAUGCGUAUUUCUUGAAGGGGUUUAUAGCAGAGCCUCGUGAUAGAAAGCUGCCUUGCGUGAGGGCCUAGUAGAUUGCACCUGGCAUCGGUAUUUGCAAAGGGGACUCGAAGCUUUUCGAAGCAUGUGAGGGUGAAACUGAGAAAUAGCGAAGGCGAUUCCAGACUGCAGGAGGCUCAGAGGAUGGAUGGUGAGACCGGUGAUGCCCAGAUGAAAGAGGAUACCCAGCUCGCUGCAGCAGCAGAGAAGGCUCCAGCUGUGCAGGCAGACGAGGCUGCGGCGGGCCAUCCACCGAGCAUUGCGGGGCAGGAGCCAGACGCCAGCGCUGCUGAUCAGCCUCAGGCGGAUAGUGACCAACCCAAUGGAGCAGCAAGUGCUGAGGCUGAUGCAGCAGAACCAGGCGGAGCACAGGCAGAGCCAAGGGCUGACACAAGCGCAGCACCACAGCCAGAAGCAGAGCAGGGUGAGGCAGGCAGCAAUCACAAGGAGCCCAGUGAAACCCAGCCUUCUCAAGAGCAGGGGGCUGAGGGUGCCACGACAGAGCAGCCAGGUCAGCCUGGGGUCGAGGCCGCUGUUGCAAUCCAGCCAGAAGCAAACAGCGAGCCGGCUGAUGUGGCAAUGACUGAUGCAGCUGAAGCUGCACCAGCCGCGCAGCCACAAGGGGAUGAGCCAGCAGCAAAGGACUCCAGGAAGGAGUCAGAGUCCCCAGUCCAGGCAGGAGAGAGCCACCAGCCCACCACAGGCAGCGCGAAAGGCAAGAGGAAGGCUGCUCCAAAGAACCGGAAGGGAGCUGCAGCAAAGGGCACUUCAGCGCGAAGGCGAUCCACCAGAUCUCAGAAGUCGCUGAACAGCGAUGAGGAGGUCGCUGCGGACGAGGCGGCUGCCACGGCUGCGCCGCUGACGACGCGCAGAUCGAUGCGGUCGAGAACCACGAGCCACAAGAUCGAUCCUGGCGAAUUUGUCAUGGAGGCAGAGGCAGAUGAGGCGGACGAGGAGCCUGACUCGCCCGCAGCAGGUGAAGGGCCGCAGGGGGCCCUAGAGGACGGCGACAAGCGAGCCGGCUCUGAGGAUCGCGGUGUCAGCGUUGCCGUAGGGCUGGCCAAUGCGGUUGAGGCUGGGGCGAUCGCGUGCGGCCACCGCACAAAAUCCGGCUCGGCCGAGGGUACGCCCCCGGCCGCCGUGGACUCCGCCGGAGCCGCCACGGAGUCCAAGGGCGACAGCGAGGACAACGUGCCCCUCUUGCAGCUUGUGGGCUCACCCGCUAAGAAGAAGCGGCAGGCAGCAGGGGCCCCGGGCGCAUCUGCGGCCGCAAGCAAGCGGCAGAAGAGCGAUGCAAAGCCGGCCGCGGAUGUGAAGCCUGUCGCGGAUGCGAAGACAGCCGCCGCAGCGGAGCAGCCGUUGCCAGCAGCUUCGGGAAAGGCUCGCCCCGCGGUGAAACGGGGCAAGAAGCAGCCAGAUCAGGCGCCGACCGAUCGGGAGCCGUCCCCGGCCCUCGCGGCAGCUGCCGGGAAACCGGCGCAGAAGCCGCCGGCGGAGGACAUCGCCAAUGCAGGCGCGCCCACCCCCAAGCAGCCGCCACCGCCUCCUACCAAACUGCAGAAACAGCAGCAGACGGCCGCGCAGCAGCCAAAGCAGCAGCAGAAGCCGAAGCAGCUGGCUGCGGCAGCGGCUGAGGCUGCGCAGGGCAAGGAGGGUGCCAAGGGGAAGAAAGAGGGGGAACCCAGCCUGGACGCCACAACUAUGCAGGCCAAGCAGAUCGCCGCUGAAAUGCACAAGGCCUUAGCGGAGUUCCAGGCAACGCAGAAGACACAGGCCGACAUUGCCAAGAGGGUGCAGAGCUACCUGGGACACCUGGACAACAUGCACAUCUCCAUACCUCAAUUGCGAGACAGCAUGGUGGGCAGGUCUGUGAAGAAGAUCUCCAAAUGGGCCUUGGACGCCACAUGCCAGGAGGCAGCGACUCAUGCAAGGAAGCUAUUGGGAAUUUGGAUGAGUGAGGUUGAGGAUGAAAAGGUGGCUCCUGCCAAGGACAAGGGCAAACUGCAGCAGGGCAAGGCCCCGAUUAAAGCAACGGCCAGGAAGCUAUUGGGAAUCUGGAUGAGUGAGGUUGAGGACGAAAAGGUGGCUCCUGCCAAGGACAAGGGCAAACCGCAGCAGGGCAGCAAGGCGGGCACUGCAGCAGCGCCCAGGCCCUUAGCUCAGGAGCAGAAAGCCAAGUCACAGGGGCCGCCAGCAGCGGAGGCAAAGCCAAGUGUCACCGCAGUCACUGCCAUACCCAAUGCUGUGGGUUUGCGCACAGGUGGGCUUGGAGCAGCAGGAGCACCAGCAAGCAAGGACCCUGCAGCCGCCAGCACAGCGGGGCCUACAGCCUCGAAGAAGCUGCAGGAAGCCAGGGACUGGUGCUCGCAGCACCUGACGCCGCACCCCACAGGGAAUGCCGUGCGAGACCAGGCCCAGCUCAUCCUGUGGAGCGCGCUGAUGCCUGACGGGGAGCUGCCGCCGGCAGAAGCUGCGCGGAAGCUGGAAGCUGCGGUGCACGAGCAGUACGCGCGCGGCAACGGAGACAACGCCGUCGCAGACCCGAGCCAUCACUACAUGCGGCGCAUGCGUGUUCUCUGGGGCUGGCUCUCGCCUGACAGCAAGCAUGCUGAGCCGCAGCUGAAGCACAUGUUGCUGCAAGGUGAGCUGGCUGCAGCAGAGCUGGCAUCGAUGAGCGGCCAGCAGCUGAAGGCUCUCGUGAACCCUCCAGCCGCAGCGGCCGAGGGGCGCUUGGCGCCAGACAACGCAGCCACCACAUCCGCAGAUGCCUCGCACAGGGAUGUGCAGAUGGACGUAGAUCGGCCGAGCCAGGCGCCAGCACUGCUCUCACCUGCCGACCGUCCCGUCCCUGCGGCCCAGGACUCGUCAGAACCAGCGAGGAUGCUUGCCGAGCACCCCUUUGCAAGCACGCAGCCCUCGUCAGAACUAGCGAAACCACCUGGCGCAGACAAAGGACAGCAGGACGUCCCACAGCAGCAGCAGCAGCAGCAGCAGCAGCAGCAGAGUGAGGCAGCAGAAGUGAUUGACCACACGUCAGACAUGGAGAUCGAUGAGGCGCCAGGCAGCUUGUCCGCACCUGCCGACAACCAGCAGCAGCCGAGCAGCGCCGCAGCCCCGCCGCGGCCGAAAGCAGGGCUCACGAAGGAGCCUUCGCUGCACAUGUGGGGCGCGAACAACGAGGCGUCCCUGGGCUCCUGGGCCCACCAGGCCCCUCCAAAGCCAGCACCGUGCGAGAGAGCAUCCGGGACAGCCGCUGCUGACAGCGGCACCUCACCCGCUGAGGCUGCCGUCAGCGGGGCAGAGCAGCAUUCUGCAGCUUCCGAGCAGCUUCCGGCAGUUGCCGAGCAGCCCCCGCCGCCACCGGCGCAGGAGGUGCCUGAUCUGGCCGCGGCGGCGGCCGCGGCUGCCGCAAAUUCAGCGCAGCAGCCGGAGCCGGCAACGCCGGCCGGCUCGCCGGGGACGGCGAAGGGAACGUUCCCGCGCGGAUGGCAGUCGGCGCCGCCGGUAUCGGAUGAGAAAUCGGUGUUUGACUCGGGGCAGGGCGUGCAGUUCUUCAACAGCAAAGCCGGCGUGCUGUUUGAGUGGAAUGGGCCAGGGGGUGCUGCCCAUCUGCCCGGUGGGCAGGGGAGCGAACCCGAAGCUACCCAGCCCAGCACCACUGCAGACGGCAAUGCAGUCAGUGAUGCAGAGAUGAAGAUAGAGGGUGAUGUGGUUGCAGAGUAG